UAGAAUGAAAAAAAGAAUUUAUUUAUUAAUUUUCCCUUUAUUUUUAUUUUCUUUUUUAUUCUUUUUUGAAGAUGGUGACGAAAGAACUUUUAGAAUUAGACUAUCUCCAUCAGGUCGAAUAUCUUGUACAGAAAAACUAGGAUGUUCCCAUCCAAAGGCGAAAAGUUUGAAUUUUGUAAUUGUUGGAGAUAUUGGAGGUUUACCAAUUUACCCUUACUAUUCUUAUGCUCAAAAAAGAGUAGCAGAAGCAAUAUCCAAUGUUGUUUUAGAACAAGGAGAGCCUCUUAAUUUUGUAAUUAAUGUUGGAGAUAAUUUUUAUUUUAACGGAGUUUCUGAUAUUUUUGAUUCUCGAUUUGAAGAUUCUUUUGAACAAGUUUAUGAUAAUGAGAAUCUUUUGGUUCCUUGGUAUACAAUUGCUGGAAAUCAUGGUUUUUUUAAAUUUAAAAUAACUAAAAUUAAUUUUCAGAUCAUUUGGGAAAUAUUUCUGCACAACUUGCCCAUACAAAUUUUAGCUCUAAAUGGACAUUUCCCCAUCUUUUUUAUAAAAUUCGAAUUAUUUUUGAUUUUCAAAAUUUAACUGA